AUGCCAGCAAGCGCCAAGGUCUAUGCCUUUCUGACCUUCCAUGUGAGGACGGGGCGCUUGGCCGCCUUCUGCGAGGCCUGCGCAGAGCUGCUGGAGGCAUCCGCCCAUGACCGGGGCCGCCUGAGGAUGGCGUUUCACCGGGAGCUGCCCUGGGCCCGCUCCAUCUCCACGGAGGAGUUCACUCUGCUGAUGAUGGAGCAGACCUGGGAGACAAGCGCAGACCUAGAGCUCCACGGAUACCUGGAGCGGAGCAAACUAACUCAUGGCAUCAGCGAGCUGUAA